CUUAAACGCCCCUGAUAAUUUAAAAUGCCUGAGAAUUUGCUUUUUAGUAUUUAAUGCAGUUCAGCAGGAUGUUUCAAGGGGGGAAGUUCAGAACAAUAUCUGUAGUCGCCCCUGAGCAGAAAUCUGUAGUAGCCCCAGGGCAGAAAUCUGUAGUCGCCCCUGGGCAGAGAUCGUUUGUCACUCCUGGGCAGAGAUCUGAGAUAUUUGUAGUCGCCCCUGUGCAGAGAUCUGUAGUCGCCUCUGAGCGAAGAUCAGUGGUUACUCCUGGGCAGAGAUCUGUAGUCGCUCCUUGGCAGAGAUCUUUAGUCACCCCUGGGCAAAGAUCAGUAGUAGCCCCUAUGAAAAGAUCCUACAUACUGCUAUUUUUUAUGAUUUACCUUUUCCCCCAUGUGACAUCGAAUUCAUCAUCUCCCCAAGAAACAAGAAACAAGUUACUAUUUCAAGAGGAGAAGAUAUGGCAAGAGGUUUUACUUCAGAAUAUUAAUUCUAUUGCAGAACUGACCCGACAGACAACAGCCAAGGAAAUCCAGCAGUAUUUAUCUAGUCCUGUAAAAACUGGUGAACUGCUUCUGGAAUUAAAUAUUGCUCGCCUAAUCCCCAAGGGUAGUAUGGUGUCUGAAAUGGUUUCCGAUGAAGUAAGCUUGCAAAGUUUAAGAUCAAGAAUAGGAGAGACAAUUAAAAGAUUGUCAAGGGAUGAACCUUGUGAAGUAAUGGGUCUCAAGGAUAUGGAAGCUGAAAAAGAAAAGCUAACAAGUUCAUUAAGAGAUAUUUUAACUGAAUAUUCGCUUCUCAGUCAGAAUAAGGUGGCCGACUGUUUCUUAAAUAGUACCAGAUACUCUGGGUCUGAUUAUGUGAAUGGCAGUAUUAUCGAAGGAAUAGCUCCAGAUCUUGUGUCUUGUCAGAACGCCUGUAUUGAUGAGGAGGAAUGUAAAUAUUUCAUCUAUUUCACUACAGAUCAUCCACAACAAUUCAAACAUAAAUAUUGUCGUCUUCUACGGUUUAAAGGAGAGGUGGAAGCAAACAAACCUGGGCAUAUUUCAGGUCCUAAAAUGUGUCCAGAUAUAUUCUAUCCGCAAAUAUUUGCCAAGAAUCUGCUAUCUGCAGUUGAGAUUUACAAGGAAGGGUUCAGAUCUAUUAUUUGCAAUGGAACUGCAACAAGACAAAGCAGUAUGAAAAUCAUUGAAAAGGUCUACACACUCACUGAUGAGGAAAAAGACGAAAUGAGGAGAGAUAUCAACGCUGAGAUUUGUAAAUCAUGUUCAUUUUCUAGAAAUUGUCCACACUCUCCACAGUGGAAUAUAAUCAGAUUAAAGCUGGCUAAGUUCUCUUCAGACCUUGGAUACAUUGAAACCAAUAUUGUGAAGGAGCUCCGAGGUUUAGGACAAAAUAUCUCUCUCACCCAACACCAGCAAAAUAAAACGCUCGCUUUUGAAAUGAGAUUGAGACAAGUUUUCAAAGACAAAAUUCAGAAUACGAAAGAGUGUCUUCUCCUGAAACAGACAGAAACCGGGGAUACAAAUUCACUAUUCCCUGUUGAGCUGCAGAUUGCUGAAAAUUUAUCACAAACAUCAGAAAGUAGGGUAGGACCUCUCCCCUCUGAAAGCUCUUCAGGACCUUUUCUUACAGAAAGUACGUCAGGACCACUCCUUACAGAAAUUACGUCAGAACCUCGUAUCACAGAAAGUACGUCAGGACCGCUUCUUACAGAAAUUACGUCAGAACCUCGUAUUACAGAAAGUACGUCACGACCACUUCUUACAGAGAGCACGUCAGGACCUCUCAUCACAGAGAGCACGUCAGGACCUCUCAUCACAGAAAGCACGUCAGGACCUCUCAUCACAGAAAGCACGUCAGGACCUCUAAUCACAGAAAGAACGUCAGGACCUUUUACCACUCAAGUUCCUCCAUCAGCAGAGCAAACAACAAAAUGUUCAAAUUUGAACAAUUUUGGAUUCCGACUCCUUAGAAGGUUUAAUUUUUGUGAUACAAUUGUGGAUAUUUCAACAACUACACAAACAACAACAGCCAGGGCAACAACAACAACAGUGAGUUCUACUGUUCAAGCCGACCAACAAUCAUUCUUGUUUAAUUAUCUCAGAUCUAGAUUUCAAGAUAAUUAAUUUUAAGAAAUAAAAUAAAAAUCUUACU